AUGGAUUCGAGCUGCUCCAGUCUGAUAAAUCCAGAAGUACUAAAAGUUGGAGCAACAGUUGCUUAUAGUUUAAUCCUUGUAGUCUCGCUGGUUGCAAAUUCUCUCAUCGUAUUAAUUGUUUACAAAACACCAACUUUGAGAAAACCGAUAAAUAUGUUGAUCGCAAACAUGGCCAUGUCUGACCUGCUCUAUCCAAUAUUCUUGUGCCCCGUUCGACUGGCAGAGUUGCACACUGCUGGCUCGUGGCGUAUUGGUGGUACCCUUGGUCAGGCCUUGUGCAAGAUAUACCCUUUUCUUGCUGAAAUUUCCAUGGUAGUGUCGAUUCAGAGCCUGGUUCUGAUAACAGUGGAUCGAUAUGCAGCUGUUGUAGUUCCACUACGUUCACCCCUCAUCGGUCGCAAGGUGUGUAGCUGUUUGAUUGUUGGUACAUGGAUACUCGCAGCGGCCUUUUGUUGGCCAUAUUUGUUUAACUUCAAUCUUGUUGAAUACAAAGAAGGAAAGAGGUGCAUUCAUCAGUGGGAGGUGAUCUUCGGAGAGAAAAGCUCAUUUGGUAUUUACCUCCUAUCAGCUUGUAUCUUGUUCUUUUACAUCCCUUUUGUGGUCUUGGUGAUACUUUACUCCAUCAUACUGAUCAAGCUUAAAAAGCAAGCCCAUCCAGGUGAACAGUCAGCCAGCGCUGAGGAACAGAGGACAAGAAGAAACAGAAAUGUCCUUAAGAUGACCAUUGCUAUCGUUGUAACGUUUUUCAUUUGCUGGAUAACCUUUUCCAUUCAGGUAGUAACAAUUUAUUUUGUACCAAAAAUCACUUUGGAUUGUAAGUUUCGGGUAUCUUAUUUUGUCGCCUUGUUUCUGGCUUACACAAACUGUGCUAUCAACCCAAUUAUCUGCCUUACCUUUAGCAGUAACUAUCGCCAAGCUCUUAGGAGACUUGUGAAUUGCUGUGGUGCAGUGCAAGGUCAAGUGAAGUCUAGGCCUGAUCGAAGUGAUUCUUGAAAAAAAGCGACCAAUAUUAAUGACUUUACUGUAAAAGUUAAUAAUACCGAAAAUUAAUGCAGCAUGCAAUCUCUCUUGGGACGGUUGUAAUACCCAGGAGAAAUGGAGUUGGUAGGUGGUAGGGCGGGCGGGGGGGAUAAGGUGCAUUAUGGGAGAUGUGCAGGUGGCGAAUAAGAGAUUUACCGAGCGCCGGUAAACUGUUUAAAAUGCGGGUUACCCUGAACUCGAAGCCGAGUAUGAAAUUCAGCUAGCUUUCUCGCUUUCCAGAAAAAAUGUUUUUUUCUCUGUUUCAGCGGUAGCUUUUUCUGUGGAAUGCCUUAUUUUCCUUUAUCGUUUAUAUGCUGAGUCUAUUGUCACUGCAUGGCGAAGUGAUCCGCCACUUGUUUUUUCAGUGUUGUUGUUGUUGUUGUUGUUAUUGUGAAAACGUGCCGGCGUAAGGAAAUGGCGCCAUUAUUUCAUUUUACUUGCAAACAUUCUGCUCCCUAGAGCAGUAUUUGGAAUAUAUUUUACUUAUUUCAGAACUGGAAUAGCAGGUCAGUAGAACGGCGGAUUCUCGGGAUUAUUCUAUGUAUUCCUAUUGAUAUCAAGCCAAGUUAGAAUUAGUGUUGGUUCUGUUGUUUUUAAAAGUGAGAAUUAGAAACGUGUAAAAAAGAGUAGUAAAAAGAGACGUGCCAUCGUAAAUGUUAAUAGUUGGAUCAUAAUUAUCCGCUUUUGUAUAAAUGGUUAUUGGAUGUUGUACAUACAACCUUAACAAGCUUAACUGUAUAUAUAUAGCUAUUCCGCCGCGAAAUUACUUCAGCUUUCUUAGGCCGGCCUUAAUCACUUUGAUUGCUAUAAUGACUUUCUGAUUGCAUUUUGUUUCUGAGCUCAACGAUUUAGUGAAUAAAAUUUAAUUAAUUUUGUAGUGGACAUUGCUUUGCUCUACUGAGUAAUUGCGACUUGUCAUUUGUGUGUAUAUGUUUUAUCCCGGCAAAUUUGAUCUCUUUGAUCACAGUAUUCUAUUUGUCUUCCCUCUUGCAUUAGUUAUUUUCCCUUCUAGGACGCCAUUUUACUGAUCAGAAUGUAUUCAAUCGAUUGCAUAAAUGUACGCUCAAUAAAGAUGAAACCGAAUUUCUUUGUCAAUAUGGUCUAUCAAAUGUGUUAUUUUAACUCUUUUACAGUAUCUAAUUCUACUGACUAUUUAAUGUUAAAUUUAUAUUUUCUUGUAACCUAUUCUUUUUAGUUAUAUCAACGAGAAGUAUCUAAAAAAAUGGGUUCUCUGAGAUGCAUCCCGGGUAGUUUUUUAAAUCGUUGAAUUACCUACUUUGAAAUGGUCUCUAAUUAAAUGAAGUGUGUUAUUUCAACGAAAAAUGUUAGUCAUUCUUACUUAAAAGAAACUGGUUACAACUACCAUUUACGAAUAUUUAAAACAACAUAAUAUUGAACUAAAAACAACCAAACAGAAAAGUCAAAAUAACCCUGUUAAUAUUUGUUUUAACUGCUUUUAAAUUAGUUAUUUCAAAUCAAAAGAAUCCAGUUAUUUCAAGCCAAUCUGUCUAAAACAACAGGAUUCUCUCAGAUGCAUUUUGCAACAAUUUUUAUUGUUGCAAAUUUUACAGUGUGGGUCGUUUCCGUGGCUGUUAACUCGCCAUAUUUGUUCCGUCGCAGCAAGAGUUGUUAGGUACUCUUCUGUGGGAUUGGUCUGUGGAGUGAGCUGGUACUUUUUGAAUUCCUAUAGAGGGUAUUACACGGUGACGAGAAGAUAUGAAUUUUAUUUUCGAGUGGCAAAACAAUAUUUUACGAACGAGCCCAGCGAGUUAGUAAAAUAUUGUUUUGCCACUCGAAAAUAAAAUUCAUAUCUUCAAGCCGCCGUGUAAUGUUCUUUUCAUUAUAUAGACAAACUGACAUCGAUAAAAUGAUUACCAAAAUUACGUCAUCGAUAAACUCACGUGUGAGAUUAUGGAAAUAAACCACUCGGGUCCCGGAUGUAGUUUUUAUGAAUUUUACGAGUGGUAUAUGUUACAGUAAAGCACUCGUGUCUAUAUAAUAAACUGGCAUAAUAUACUGUGUUUUUUUACAUCCCCAUUAUCCUGUCGGUCAUUGUAUACCCAUCACCCUGAUCAAGCUUUAAAAUCUACGGGUUCAACCUGUCGAGCAGACAACGAUAGUGGAGCAGCGUAGUAGAGAAGAAACAGUAACAUUUUCAUGCAUUGUACUGCUAGCGUCGGAGAAUGGUUUAUACCUUGUUUGACUAAACAGCUUUUAAACAUAGGCCGAUCAAUAUGAGGAACUUCGAAAUAAAAUGGAUAAAAGAAAACACUUAAUGGUCUAUGAAAUUUAUCUUGGUCUGGUAAGCUGUCUUUCCCUUACCUUUUUUUUUAUUGAAAAAACAAAGGUUGGUUUUCAGUUACGGUCUUAAAAAAAGAUUUUUGUUUUUAAUUUGGUGGACCUUACUUUGAACAAGCGUCUCUUAACAAAUACAUAGGAUAGGAGGUAAUUAGCGCGUUUUCAAACGGGAAGACGCAGUUGUACCGUUAUAGAAAGUUGGCAAUGAAUACAAAUAUGACUUAACACCAUUUGCGCCAUUAACAAAUAGAGGCGAAAGUUAAAAUGUUUAUUUAACAAUUAGUCCAUGCGCCAGCGUGCGUAUGUCAAGAUAUUACUGAAGCAAACGGAAAGUUUGGGGCGUGAGAGUUGCUCUACUCGGAGAUGGAAAGGCAAAGCUGUAUCGUUAUAUCAAGUUAAGCACUAGUUAAUAGAGAAUUGACUUUACACUGUCUUCGCCGAUAUCAAAUAGAGGCUAAAAGUCAGUGAAAGUUAACUCGGGGAAAAAUAUUUUGUUUCAGAUGUUUCUAGUAAAAUAACUACGAACAGGUGUGCCACCAUCGAUGUUAAUGGUCGUAACUAUGUGUGGCGUUUUUCUAGAAAUGAGUACGUAAUAUUCAUCAAUAGGCCCGUUCGCGCUGACGCAAAUGCAAAAGUUUUCAUAGAGACAUGUAGCACUAGUGUGAAAGUCUCUAAUGUCUUUUUCGGUUUAUUCCUAUUUAUUCAUAUUUUUUUCGGAAACAAUCGAUCAUUGGCUGAUGAGAUUAGCUGUGGAAUAAUUGUUGAUUAUUGUGUAUUCAAUUUCGUGCAACAUCAAAUGGGUCUCUAACGAUAGCAUCAUUAUUGCCACUUGUUUCUGGAAUAAUAUUUGCAUUUUCCUUAUUUUAGGUACCAGCUGCAUGAGAGAGCUACGUCACAAGGAUGUUGCUGCUUUAGGUCAAUUUCUUUGCUCAACUAUAAGAAAAUAUCGUGACAUAAACCCCGGCUUUAAAACCAAUACUUAGGGGCCACGCUAGGGGAGUCCUCCAGCAGAACAAUCGUGAAGCGAAGUAGUUGAAAAUGAAUAAAACGUGACCGAGAAUGUUUACCAUUGAAUAAAAACCAUGGAAGAAUAUAUUCAACAUUUUGAUAUGGAUCUAGCUGUUUAAUUUAGAUUGACAAUGAGAUUGAACUAUCAUAGCUUUACUUACGUAAUAAUUAGUAGAAUAUAAAGGACAAAGAACCGCCAGAAGGUGUUUUCAAGCGAAAAGACUUGCCGAAGAACCAGCAAGCAUGAACACAACAGCAAAUGGAUCAAGUUCCUCGAGCUGCUCCAGUCUGAUAAAUCAAGAAGCACUAAAAGUUGGAGCAACAGUUGCUUAUAGUUUAAUCCUUGUACUCUCGCUGGUUGGAAAUUCUCUCAUCGUAUUAACUGUUUACAAAACACCAACUUUAAGAAAACCGGUCAAUAUGUUGAUCGCAAACAUGGCCAUGUCCGACCUGCUCUAUCCAAUAUUCUUGUUCCCCGUUCCACUGGCAGAUUUGCACGUUGGCUCAUGGCUUAUUGGUGGUACCCUUGGCCAGGCCUUGUGCAAGAUAUACCCUUUUCUUGCUGAAAUUUCCAUGGUAGUGUCGAUUCAGAGCCUGGUUCUGAUAUCAGUGGAUCGAUAUGCAGCUGUUGUAGUUCCACUCCGUUCACCCCUCAUCAGUCGCAAGGUGUGUCGCUGUUUGAUUGUUGGUACAUGGAUACUCGCAGUGCUCUUCUGUUGGCCAUAUUUGUUUAACUUCAAUCUUGCUGAAUAUCAAGGAGAAAAGUGGUGCAACAAUCAGUGGGAUGUGAUCUUCGGAGAGAAAAGCUCAUUUGGUAUUUACCUCCUAUCAGCUUCUAUCUUGUUCUUUUACAUCCCUUUCGUCGUCUUGGUGAUACUUUACUCCAUCAUCCUGGUCAAGCUUAAAAAGCAAGCCCAUCCAGGUGAACAAUCAGCCAGCGCUGAGGAACAGAGAACAAGAAGAAAUAGAAAAGUGCUCAAGAUGACCGUUGCUAUCGUUGUA